AAUGGUACCGCCAUCCUCAUAGAUUGAUAUCACAUUUAUCGCGGAAUUUCCCAGACAAAAUUUCCCUGACAACUGGCUAUAAAAAGUACCGUUUCGCAACUAUUUCUGAGGAAGAGUUGAACACAAACUCAUUAAACAAGUUGUGACUGUUUCGUCAUCAACACAUCACCAUAAACAGGUGAUUUAAGUAUUUGCCAGCAACUAUCAUAGUGUGCCACUACAGAUUAGGAGAGUGGUGAAGGCUUAACGUCAUCAUGGUGGAAUACUACAAUGUGCUCGGCGUUUCUAGAGGUGCAUCGUUGGAAGAUAUAAAAAAAGCAUAUCGGAAGAAAGCGUUAAAAUGGCAUCCAGACAAGAAUCCAAACAACAAAGAGGAAGCGGAAAGAAGAUUCAAGGAGAUUGCGCAGGCAUAUGAAGUCCUGUCGGACAAAAGCAAGAGAGAUAUCUAUGACAGAUAUGGCGUCGAUGGUCUCAAGCAAGGAGGUACACCGUUCCACAGGUCGGCAGCGAACACCGACUUUGGCUUCAACCACUUUGGCAACUAUGGCGGCAACUUCCACUUCACGUUCAGAAGUCCAGACGACAUUUUCAGAGAAUUCUUCGGAACAAGUGAUCCCUUCGCCGCUUUCUUUGAAGAUUCAAGAAUGGGCCAAUCACAGAGAGGGCAAGGCAACCUGUUCCAGGAAUCGUUUGGAAGGUCAGGUUUUCCAGGGCAUGGUCCUCUCACUACCACCAGUUUCUUCACCCCCUUCGGUGAUCCAUGGAGUUUUUUCCAACCUCGUGGUGCUCAGAGUACGUUCUUCUCUUCAAGUUUUGAUGAUGGCUUCGGUAGUUUUGGUGGUUUCGGUUCAUCUUCAGGGUUUACAUCGUUUUCUUCAUCGUCUUCAUUUGGGAAUGGACCAGCCAAUGUAAGGAGUGUAUCGACAUCGACAAAGAUGAUUAACGGCAAAAAGAUCAAAACGACAAAGAUUCAAGAAAACGGUCAAGAGACAAUCAUCAAUGAAGAGAACGGCAUGAUCACGUCGAAGACAAUCAACGGUGAGCCGCAGCCGAUGAUUGCCAACUAGUCCUGAAUGCCAGGUUUGUACCGUCACUGCUCUGUGCCGUCACUUUGUGCCAGGAAUCCUAUCUGGCUUGCUCCAAUGAACUAGACAUUUGGACCAUCGCUAUCUUUUGCAAGUUGAAGUUGCUAUCAACCUUUUACAGUUUGGAGUCCGGACUCAAUUUGCUACAGAUGUACAGCGUGGUAGAUUGGUUGGUGAUGCUCAGUAGGAGAGUCCAGCCUAAACUACGCUUACCCAAGUUUUUUUAAUUAAGGGUAUUCGUCACUUUUGCGGCUUUUCAGCAACGGCUCAUGGCUGUGCUUACUGGAAUUAUUGGAUCAAAUCUUAGCUUUUGUUAUAUCGUUUGGAAUCCAAGUCAAAGUGAAUGCCUUUUGAACAAGAAAUCUGCAUGCAGCAUUUUUUCUACCAAUUUUUGUACAAAAUUCUGACAGCAGAAUAAGGAAGAUGUGAACAGAUGAGUAGUGCCUGUUUUUGUAACCUGUGGACUGCUACAAAUUUGUGAUAAGUGAUAUUAUUGGGGGCUAAGUUUGCGUUUUGUUUUCAGGCAUGCAACUUUUGCUCGGAUCCGCUGAUUUCCUCGUUUUUAACUUCUCGUGAAUGCUAUUAUAAAGUGAAAAAUACUGUACAAAGUCUUGUGUGGUUUAAAGUUUCCUCGUUUUUUUUUCUUUUUCUAAAUUCCCAGUCGCAUGCCUGUGUUUUAGGAAACAUGAAAUGUGCAAUUGUGAAUAGAACAUUUGGGGCAAUGUUUAACAAGGACAGACUUAUUUAAAAUCGAAUCUCCUCUCAAGAUGGGAAAAUCAAAGUCCAAAUCAAAUUUGAAUGACAUCCUCAUGUGGAAUUUUCAUGUUUCAUUUGGCUUGUUUCUUUUCAUACCUAUUUGGAAACAGUUCACUGUAUAUUAAAAUGACCUUGUAAAUUACCUACAGAUGAUGUUUGUGAUGUUUGUAUUAAAUUUGCAUGCUUUUUAAAAGAUUAUAAUCAAGGGGGAAAAAAGAGAAUAUUUUGAGUGUUAUCCUUUAUGAAAUUCAGAAGAUUUGUCUUAUUGCAUCUGCAUGUGUAUAAAACAAAAUGUUAUGUUAUAUAAUAAUUGGAUCUUUAUGUUACAAAAGCCAUUGUCAAAGUAUUCGUAUCUAGCAACAAACGUUUUGUCACUACAUUUGUAGCGCCAGACAAGUUUUGAGAUGAGCUUCAUUUUGAUUUUUGGUACACUUUCUGGGUACAGAAAUAAUGGCUGCUAAACUUGGAGGUAAAUUAUAAGACAUUUUAUUGGUCCUGAGUUUACUGAUGUAAUUUAUUGUUGAGUGUUUUGUUAUCAUUCUGCAGACUGUUUUUCAUGAUUUGUUCUUUCAUUCUUUAUGAGAAAACUCUUCACGUUCAUCCUUUUUGUGCUGUUAAGUGUUCUAAUUAAUUUUGUUGCAAGUUUAUGAAGCGCCCUCUAUUGGUUGUCAAUGGAAAGUCACAUUGGAAACGUACGGCUUGUGUGCCUGCAAUUACACCGAUUACUAUAUGGCUGCGUCUUUUUGCGAUAGAUUGAUUAAUGAAAUAUACAAAAGAAAGGGAAUUUACAGACAAAUUUAAAAUUUUUGUAAAGCAGAAAACCAAUAGAGGGCGCCUCCGAUUUCUUGUGAAACAGUUCAAACUGUUCAAGUGGUGUUAAACUUGUUUUGUUGCACCAUUCGUCAGUUCAAAUUGAGCAGGUUUCGCAAUGACUUUUGAACAGAUAGUCACUUCUCAAUAGUUUGUCUCCAUAAGGAUUAAAUACGGAAAGAAAAGACGAUCAUUUCAUUGCGUUCAUAGCUACAUACUAAUAUUUUGUCAUAAUGACAAGUGUAUAACAUUUUGAUUAUUGAAGCUAAGCGCUGUAUUUAUCUCAUAGUGUUGCUUUGAAUCUAUAGUGCCCAUAUGAUGCGUGAUUAUUUUAAAGAUAAUAUUUAUUUCUGUAAAUAUUUUCCCAUAAAUACCGAUAUUGAUAGAGAAGUGAGCAUGCGCAUAUCAAGCCGUGCUCGUACAUACGUGCUGUCCUUGUGCGUGCGGAUAAUAAAACACGGACUUAAGAAA